CCAGUGACUGUGGAUGCACGUGGUGCAUUGGCUCACCAGAAUUUGUUCUCCUUUCCUCCUGCCUGCAGCAGUAAAUUAAUUGGCAGUAAAUGAGGCGUGAUGAGGUGGGAUGCGAUUUUUCAGCAUGAUUCCAAAAACCUGGCCAGAAAUCUGAGGGCAUGCAGGCCUCGAUGGAGGGUGAAGACCCCGGGCAGCUGUACGUCUGUUCCUCUCCUGCAGCGCAUUUGUUGCCUGGGAUGGUGCAGCCACAGAGACCACCUCUUUUGGUAUGCCCACCCUGGACCAACAGUUCCUCCAGGACUCAAAACAAUCCCGAGCCCACCAGCUCCAGCCUGGGAGCUCCCUGGCUUUGCGGUCAAUGGCAUCACCCUCUGAGCAGUUUCUCCUGUGGCAGCACAUCCCACCUCCUAUCCUCCUCUGUAACGCAGCACCGAGAACUGCACAAGUACUUGGUGGUGGGGGCGGCCGGUAUUUUGACGCAUUUUUCAGUCAAGGCUUUAAUUUUAUUCAGAAAAAAAUAAUAGUAUUUUAUGAGGGCACGACUUUUCAGCCAUGUCUACAUCUUGAUGCACGGCUCAUGGGACAGAGACCAAGCCCCAAACCAUAACGUACGAACCGAGGCAGCGAUGUGUGCGCACAUCCAUGAGGACUGGCACCCAGGGCUGGGCUGACGUCUGCCACCACACAUAUUAGUCAUUGCUCAAUAAUUUACCCAACUCCUAAUAUCUAUAAGGAAAUAUUUGCAGUAGAAGUCACCAGAAACCAUAUAUUGUUUGUUUUGCUCCCCACUAAUUAUUCUGGAUGUCCUCCAUGACAUCGUUUGCCUCAUUCCUGGUGAGAAGAUCUGUAUAAAAGGAUGCGUGCUGUGGGGCAUCUUCAGAAGGCAGGGACAUUGGCCGGAAAGAUCCUUACACUGAAGAGAUCGGUCAGUUACCAGAACCGAAGAUGUUGAGGUUCUGUGUGGUUUUCCUCCUCUGUGGCCUGCUGACCCCUUCGCAAGGACUUGGUGGAAGUGCCUCGGUGUCUGCCAGGGUGGAUAAAGAUGUGCUAGAAAGAGCCAUUACAGGGUCACUAGCCAACGGCAACCUUCUCGAGGGGCUCCUGGGUGGUCUCCUUGGUGGCGGUGGUCUUGUUGGCAGUCUGCUUGGAGGAGAUGGACUUGUUGGCGGCCUCCUUGGUGACAACGGCCUUGUUGGCAGUCUCCUUGGUGAUGAUGGACUUGUUGGAGGUCUCCUUGGUGAAGAUGGACUUGUUGGAGGUCUCCUUGGUGAAGAUGGACUUGGUGGUGGUCUCCUUGGUGGUGAUGGACUUGUUGGAGGUCUCCUUGGUGACAAUGGCCCCGUUGGUGGUGGUCUCCUUGGUGGCAAAGGGCCCAUUGGUGGUCUCCUUGGCGAUGAUCCUCUUGCUGGCAGUCUCCUUGGUGGUGAUGGAGCAGUUGGUGGUCUCGUUGGCGACAACGGUAUUGCAGGUGGUCUCCUUGGUGGCAAAGGGCCCAUCGGUAGUCUCCUUGGCGAUGAUCCUCUUGCUGGCAGUCUCCUUGGUGGAGAUGGAGCAGUUGGUGGUCUCGUUGGCGACAACGGUAUUGCAGGUGGUCUCAUUAGCGGCAGUGGUCUCCUCGGUGGACGUGGUCAGCGCGGCCAAGGCACGCUUCCUGAAGGAGGGCUCCUUGGCAACAGUGGUCUGCUGGGCACCAUCAAAGGGCUCACAGGGCUGAAAAUUGCGAACAUCACUCUCCCCAAAAUAACUCUGCGCUUCCUGCCAGGCGUCGGGCUCCAGCUGAACAUCUACACCCAGCUGCUGGUAGAUGGCAAUGGCGCAGUGGGUGGACUGCUCCAGCUCCAGGUGGAAGCGAACAUCACAGCAAGAGUCCGUCUGGUCCAGGACAAGUCGGGGGCUCUCAAGCUGGUCAUCGAAGACUGCAAGACUCUUCUUGGAGACGUCAACAUCCGUGUUGGACCCAAAGUGCCACUUGUGGAGAAAACCUUAAAGAGCGUCCUCGGCAGCGUCCUGCCAAGGCUGCUGUGCCCUGUCGUCGACACCGUGCUGGGCGUCGUGAACUCGCUGCUCGGCUCCGUGACUUCGGUGCUCCCACUCGGGGCCCUGGGAGAUCUCCAGUACACUCUGUCCUCCCUUCCCAUCGUCGGCGACAAGUCCAUCCAGCUGGAUCUAAACCUCCUCCUCAGGGACGCGGCGGGCAACGUGGUGGAGCCCGUGCGCGGACAGUCACCCCCUGUCACCCUGCUGCCGACCACCGGCCGCGGGGUGCAGGUGGGGCUCUCGCAGGACGUGCUGGGCGCCGUGCUGGGGCUGGCCCAGAAGCAGGGAGCCUUCAACCUGGACAUCACCGGCUCAGCGGUGCCCGAUAACAUCUCGCUGUCCACUUCGGCCCUCCUCUCAGCCUUCCCUCAGCUCUCCGCCGUGCUGCCUAGGUCGCUGCCGCUGGCGCUGCGUGUGCGGCUGGCCGACGUGCCAGAGGUGGCCCUGCGGGACGGGAGAGCCACGGCCACCCUCCCAGCCACCAUCGACGUCGUGUCGCGCCGCCCAGGCUUCCCCGUGCAGACCCUCUUCAGCCUGGACUCGGACGUCGGUCUGAACGUCACCCCCUCCGUCUCCAGCGGCAAGCUGCUCGCCUCCAUGGCCGUCGACAGAGUCAAACUGAGACUGGCAUCCUCACAGAUUGGCCCUCUCAAUGUCUCCCGGCUUGAAGGAUGGGUGAAGGAUGUCCUCGCGGCUGCCUACGCGCCGGCCAUUAACAGUGCUGUGAGCGCGGGGAUCCCUCUGCCCAACAUCCUCAACACCAACUUUGAGAACAGCCAGGUGGACAUCGCUGAUAACACCUUCGUGAUCAACCAGAAGCCUAGAGUGCUCUAAAACCAGCUUGUCUCAGCAAAACCUUGCCCCUGCUCUUGGGAUGAGGCAGACAAUUCCCCGUGAGCCUGGAGAGCCCUGGUCGUCCCUGAUUGCUUUGUCUUUAUUUUCUCUUGAGUAUUGCAUGUGUUAUUGCCGUGGCCCGAGAGGGAGGGAUGUUUCUGGUCCAUCCGUCCUGCUGUAGCCCACAUGGGGAUAUGGAGAAGGUGCUCGGCUGAUGGAGGUUAGGGGGCACUUUCUGUGGCCAAUCCUAACACCUUAAGUCUAGAACCAGAGCUCCUGUUUUGGCAUAAAUGUUGCUCUCAAAUUCCUCUGUCAAUAAAAUCCUUCACUGCCUCAA